AUGAAGGCUUACAUGGUUUUUACCAAGUUUAGAUUGUCUUCGUCUGUGAUCAUUUCAGCACUUUCAGGUUAUCUUUUCGCUGGAGGUAGCGGAGGCUGGGAAAUUUUCUGUUUACUUUUUGGUGGAAUGUUGGUCACAGCCGCAUCGAAUGGAUCCAAUCAAAUUUGGGAAAGAAACCUCGAUGGGAUGAUGGGGCGAACAGCAAAGCGUCCAUUACCUACCGGACAGAUGACGGUCAAUGAGGCUGUCAUUGUGGUGGGAGUAUGUUUGAUCGUUGGUCUCGGACUUUUAUCAACCUUGAAUUUAUAUUCUGUACUGCUGGGAUUCGCAGCGUACAUUUCAUACGUAUUUAUGUAUACUCCGAUGAAGCGAAAGUCUUCAUGGGCAGUAUUUGUUGGGGCAUUCCCAGGAGCAAUUCCUCCAAUGCUUGGAGCGAUCGCACAUACCAAUGAGUUUGGUUUGGUUCCUGGAGUCUUAUUCUUUGUUCAGUUCACCUGGCAGUUCCCGCAUUUCUGGGCAAUUGCAUGGGUAGCGUUCGAUGAUUACAAAGCAGGAGGGUUUUCUCUUCUACCGUCAAAAUCUGGAAAAUCGAAAAAUUCAGCUUUUCAGAUUGUGGCGUAUUCUUUGGCACUCAUUCCAUUCAGUUUGUUGCCAUGGAUUCUGGGUUGGACAGGUAACAUUUCGAUGAUUAUCGCAACGGCUCUGGGAGCGGGGUUCUUCUUCUAUGCUUACCGCCUGUUUCUCACACUUGACGACAAGGAUGCUAAAAAACUAAUGUUUGCAUCAUUCUUUUAUGUUUUCGAUAAAGUCGAAGGGAUGAUGCCGUAA